GAGGAAACGGGAAACAACGAACCUCGUACCGAUGAGAUCGGGGACGUACCGUUGGGAGAUCCUCUCGCAGAAAGAGCAGAACAUCUGCUGGCGUCACACGCGCCCUAUCCAGGAGAUGACCUGGAGAAGGAAGAGUCCUUUUCGGGUCAACGAUUCAUCGUCUACCGGACAUCGGACACUCACCACGUUAUAUUGGAUGGCGCUCGGAGAUCGGAGGAAGAUCUACUAGUCCCUAGUGAUCUGUUAGCAAACCCGAAGUUUCUAAUAGGUAAUUGGUAUACCACUCACCUCGCAAAGCGUCUCCUUAUGCCAAAGCACCUGGUACGUCUAAUGCACAAUGGCGACCCAAUGGGCGACCCUAUAUCCAGCAGGGUUGGUGAUAUCUUGAAUAGUGAGCGCAACUUUCCA